CCGAAACACCGAUAGACAGACGAAAGAGCCAUGGCGGCCACGGGUGGAGGGAAAAUCAGAAGCAGGAGAUAUCAUAUCGCCUCUAAACCUUACGCCAAGAGUAAACAGCAGCAGUCAGGCCUAAUCAGUCGAGUGGCAGACACAGUAAAGAGCAUCGUUCCAUCCUGGCUACAGAAAUAUUUCAAGAAUGGAGAUGCUCCUGAAGGAGAAGGGACUGUAGAUGGAACAGACCAGAAUUUCCAGCCUCCUCCAAAUGGCAGUGAAGAGGGAGCCCCACCCCUCGAUGGACGUGACUCCCCUGAGCCGAGCACCAGUAACACAGAGCCCUCAACGAGCCGGGCAUCUCUAAACUUUCAGGAGAAUGUGCUUUCACGACCCCCUCUGAGCCGCUCUCAUCUUCACUUCCCCCCACUGGAGGCCUCGUCUCCAACUCUGGGGGUGUCCAGCAGCCUCUUUUCCCAGCCCUCCACCUCCUCUGCCCCUGGACCCUUUUCCACUGGCUUCUCCUUGGUCAAAGAAAUCAAGGACAACCUUUCACAGCAUGAAGAUGAUAAUAUUUCAACAACUAGCGGCUUUUCAUCCCGAGCAUCUGAUAAAGAUGUCCCCACUUCUAAAACGGCGUCACUUCCCCAGCUUUGGUCCCCCGAGACUGACAGAACAAGCUCUGGGCCCCAUCAUACCCAUUCUAGUCUGAAAAAACCUGCCUUCAACCUUUCUGUCUUUGGAACCUCCUCCAAUUCAACAUUAAACAGCACAAUGCUAAACUCAAGCCAGCUUGGAGACUCUCCUUUCUAUCCUGGGAAGACCACAUAUGGUGGGGCAGCGGCAGUCAGAAGCACUCGUUCUCGUCCCGGAACACCAUACCAGGCUCCGGUGAGGAGACAGAUCAAGGCCAAGCCGGCUGGUGCUCAACCCUGUGGGGUGACGAGUGCUACAGCCAGACGCAUCCUGCAGUCUUUGGAGCGCAUGUCAAGUCCUCUAGCUGAUGCCAAGAGGAUCCCAGCUGCAGCUUCAUCCCCCCUGCCAGCAUCAAUGGAUGGCACAAGUCUAGAUGUUUCGCAUUUCCAGGCAAAAAAGAAACGUAUGGAUUCUAACCACCCACCAGUGCAGAAGCUGGUGGUUCCUGCUGCAGCGUCCAUGUCAGGAAACCGCUCUGUGUCCUUUAGGCCAACAUUGACCCCCGGAGGAGUGGGCCGAAACCUAGACAGGACCCCAAGAGACACACCAACAAGACAAUCACCUCAACUAUUCGAAAUAACCCCAGGUCCAUCUCUAAGCACAAUUGGUUUGAGCAGCCCAGGCUAUCCUCUGUCCAGCACACCUGCAGCCAGCAGCGGGAACUCUGGAGGAGGCAAGAUGAAGAGGGAGAGGACCACUGCACGGCCCUCAUCCAAAUGCCCUGCCGAUGAAGAGGUGGCUGAGGUACCAGACCUGCCAUCCAUUUCACUUCCCAUCAGCACUUCUGCAUUGCCCACCUUCAGCUUUUCCACGCCGCUGCCAUCUGUUACCACAUCCACCUCUGUCAGCUCUGCCCCCAAUGCCACUCCUGCAAAGGGAACCAUCACAAAUAAGGAGCCUGCUGCAGUCUCAUCACCCCCCUCUGUCCCUUUCACAUUUUCCUCUCCUAUUGUCAAAGCUACUGCUGCUAGUCCACCUUCCUUUUCCCCCUCAGCUGGAUUUACUUUUAGUGCACCUGUAGCAAAGUUAGGACCCUCCAUGUCUAACGGGAAGCCAGGCACACCCAUAACAACAGCAGUUAAACCAGGCUCAAGCAAAAGCACAGAAGAAUUUGAAGGACCUUUUAAACCAGCCAAGACCCUCAAGCAGGGCAGCGUGCUGGAUCUCCUCAAAGCCCCAGGCUUUGCCUCUCCUGUCACUCAAACUUCCUCUGGGCCAGAGGUGACUUCACAGCAGACGUCCACGCAAUCUACUGCGACCUUCUCCUCUGCCUCCGCCUCCUCGACCUCUUCCUCCCUGUCUUCUUCUGCAGGGUUCAGUGACUUGUUCAAGCCCCCAGCAGGAUGGAGCUGUGAUGUCUGUCUGGUGCAGAACAAGGCGUCAGACUCCAAGUGCGUGUGUUGCAUGUCUCCCCAGCCCAAUUCAGCCUCUACCAAAUCAGCAGACAGUAAAGCAUCAGCCCCCCCCUCGAUUGGGCUAGACAGCAGCAGCACGACUACCACCUCCUCUGUGAUGACCACCACAAGCUUUGGUGGAAUAUUUUCCAAACCCACAGGAACCUGGGACUGUGAUACAUGUCUUGUUCAGAACAAACCCGAUGCAGUAAAGUGUGUGGCCUGUGAAACAGCGAAGCCUGGGACAGGGCUAAAAUCAUCACUGACUCUUCCUUCUGCUUUCUCAGCUGUUAAGACUGUAUCUACACCCACAGUCUCUGUUUCUACAGGAAUUAUUGGAUUUGGAGACAAGUUCAAAAAGCCUGAGGGGUCAUGGGAAUGUGAUACAUGUAUGGUACAGAACAAGGCAGAUGAUACAAAGUGCGUGGCCUGCACAAGCCCUAAACCAGGAGCAUCAGAAGGGGCCUCAGCAGCAGCAGUAGCAGAUGUACUCCCACCUUCGGCAGCCAGCAGUGCUUCUGUGUUUGGAGCUGGGGACAAGUUUAAGAAGCCAGAGGGCUCCUGGGAUUGUGACGUGUGUCUUCUGCAAAAUAAGGCUGCUGAUGUACAGUGCGUAGCCUGUCAGGCAGCCAAACCUGGAGCAAAAGUAGAGCCCAAAGCUUUUGGUUCAUCAGGUGUUGGGAAUUCUGGCUCCGCUACAUUCGGCUCUUCUACCUCUGGUCCUGGAAGUUUUAGGUUUGGCACAUCAGACAGUACCUCAGGAUCUGGAGCUGGGGGUUUCAAGUUUGGGGGCUCAUUUUCAGAGUCCUCCUCUUCAUCUUCAGGUGGAUUCAAAUUUGGAACAUCAUUUGGAAGCUCCUCAUCAGACACCACUUCUAAAGACACUACUGCUUCAUCAGGGUUCAAAUUUGGUAGCUCAUCUGAGGGCUUUAAAUUCGGAGCUGCCUCUAGUGAUGACAAAAAGUCAGAUCAACCUGCUGCAGGUUCUGGGUUUAAAUUUGGAGCCAGUGGUGGGAUAGUUUUUGGAACGGGAUCAUCUAGCACAGAAAGCAACUCAUCUAAAGGAGGCUUCACUUUUGGACUGUCAAAACCCGUAGAGAAAAGUGCAGACUCCACUACCACCUCAUCCACCGCUUCAUUCACUCCCCCUGCUGCCUCUCAAGAAAAGAGUGACAGUACAGCAGCAUCAAAUGACACCACAUCGGCAAACACAGAUACAUCCACCACCACAACUACCACUAGCAGCUCUGUAUUUGGGAGACUGGGUGAGCCAAGUUUGGCAACCGCCACGACUCAAGGGAGCUCUACAUUUGGAUCAGUAUCUGCAGAAAAGGAGCUGGCUGCUCCUACGUUUUCCUUUGGGAAACCAGAGGAGAAAAAGGAAGAAUCGGCCUCACCGGCUCCCUCUACCUUCCUCUUUGGUGCUGCUAGUAAAGAUCCUGCUGCUACACCAGCACCAGCCCCUUCAGGAGGCUUCUCCUUCAGUAAGCCCAGUACCACAACUGAUCCACCUCCACCUGCGUUCACCUUCGGCAAGCCAGCUGACAAGAGUGAAACCGCUACAACAGAUGCCCCAAAGCCCACGUUUACCUUUGGACAAAGUGCAACAGAUUCAGUUGCUGCACCAAAGCCAUCAUUUUCCUUUAUGGCUAAUAAUCCCAGCACCACCAUCUCCACCUCCACAACAUCCUCAACACCUACCCCCAGUCUCUUUGGAAACAACAGCAGCAACAACAACAACAGCAGCAGCGCCUCCCAAGCUCCUGCACCUUCUGCAGCUCCCAGCACUUUCUUGUUCGGUCAGCCUGCUGCCUCCUCCAAUGACGCUCCUACAGCCAAAGCCUUUGUCUUUGGCCAGAGCCAAGAGAGCCAGUCAGCUGCCCCCUCAGCUGCUGCCGCUGCUCAGAACUCCACUCCUGCUCCGGCCUCAGCCCAGCCAUUUAUCUUUGGUGCUCCUGCCAAUGCUGCUCCUGCUGCUCCUGCUGCUCCCUCCUUUAAUUUUGGAGCAGCAGCACCCCCUGCUGCCUCAUCCUCAGCUCCCUCUGCAACUCCCUCCCCAUUUGUAUUCAGCUCCGGCUCCUCUGGUGGCUUCGGGGCCAACCAGACACCCUCGUUUGGCUCCACAUUUGGUUCCCCAUUCACAGCCACGCCUUCACAGCCCCCAGCCUUUGGGGCCAAACCCAAUGCAGCCCCAGUCUUUGGACAGCAGACCAACUCCACACCUGUUUUUGGAGCCGCUGCUAAUUCUGCACCAAGUGGAGGCUUUCAGUUUGGGGGAGCGAGUGCAUUCGGAACCUCAAACAACACUUCAGGUGUGUUUACUUUCGGAGGCGGAUCAGCAGCGUCCCCGACUCCCUCUGCCAGCCCCUCCAUUGCACCUCAGUCAGGAGCACCUGGAGGUGGAUUCAGCUUUACACAGCCCCCCACUUUCAACAUUGGGUUAAAUAAAUCCUUCCCCGCCUCCCCUGCUGGACAGCAAGCGAUCGCUGGGCGCAGGAUCAAGACAGCUGUGCGGCGCAGAAAGUAGAGCCCUGUGGACUUUACUUGAAAGUAGACUUGACUCUGACCUGACUGGAUCUGAAGGCUGAACAAAGUCCUGGAAGGUCUCCACUGGACAAACACUGAAAUGGCUUUGGCUUGUGGCCACUUUGUGCUCGGGCUGGAAGGGGGCGUUGGGGUGGGUGGGCGUUAGGGUGGGAGUGGGUCAGGGUUUAGCUGUAGGCUGGGCUGAUGUUUUUCAGAGGCUUUCACAUGUAGACCAGAGCCGUUAAUAUAUGAGAACCAUACCAUGGGACUUGUAACAUGUAAAAACUGUUGACUGAAUGACUUAUUAAUUAACAAUCAAGCAAAGAUUCCUGUUCGACAUGAAAAACAAGCAAGACAGUCAUAUCUAUAUUUUCAACACCUGCAAAUGUCUGCUAGACUUAA